AUGCAACUGCUUAGUAGCGGGGAACCUUUUGCGCAGCUGACUUCACACUAUGAAGAUUGGAUGUUGAAGAUGACAACAUGUGAGAUGAACAUCCUAACCAGUCAAGAAUUCAACUGUGCCAUUGACCAAUUCAAAGAUUUUCUAUUAGAUAACCUACAGUCGACAGUUAGAUUCAAAGUUGUUGUUGCCGAAGUAAAACAAGUGAAUGAGGAAAGAUACAUGUUUGCCAGUCUGACCAUUGGCCAGGAUGAUACGAGGUUAGAAUUUACCAUAUCCUAUGACAAGUUUUACCAGGUGCCCAUUUUUUCCUUUCGAUUCUACAUCAAUGACAAACUAGAUUUCAAUAUUGAUGAAUUAGAUCAGUCACUCAAGGAGUCAUCGAAUUUAGUCUUGAACAGACUAGUUGAUUUAUCAAUCAUUGACCAUCAUUUAUUACAUCAGCCGUGGUUCCAAAUCCAUCCUUGUGAAACGUUGAACACACUAAAUACCCAUGUACAAAGUCAAAGGACCAUUACAUCAGGGCAAAACUACAACUACAAGUACUCCAUCAGUUAUUUAUCCUGCUGGUUUGGAUUAUACGCUCUACCAGAAAUAUUCCCUCAGUUUUCAAUAAGACCAGUUAUAUAUUCUUGA